UUCAAGGAUUAGGACAGGCUAAGGGUCCAUGCAAGGAGCCGGGUGGUCUUCAAGACUGAAGAAGCAGCCAACGAGGAGGGGCUCCAGGUGUCCCUAUAGACAGUCACAGGUCUAUGGACCCCGAGACAGCCUCUCGAGGGGGUCUGUCGUGCCUCUGAUUGAGGGGGCUUGCAGCACUUGUGACAGCCGCUCCAGAGGUCUCAAUAGACAGUUCUGGGUUCAGAGUGCCCGUGACAGCCGCUCCAGAGGUCUCAAUAGACAGUUCUGGGUUCAGAGUGCCCGUGACAGCCGCUCCAGGGCUCCUUAUAGACAGUUCUGGGUUCAGAGUGCCCGUGACAGCCGCUCCAGGGCUCCUUAUAGACAGUUCUGGGUUCAGAGUGCCCGUGACAGCCGCUCCAGGGCUCCCUAUAGACAGUUCUGGGUUCAGAGUGCUCGUGACAGCCGCUCCAGGGCUCCUUAUAGACAGUUCAGAGUGCCCGUGACAGCCGCUCCAGGGCUCCUUAUAGACAGUUCUGGGUUCAGAGUGCCCGUGACAGCCGCUCCAGGGCUCCUUAUAGACAGUUCUGGGUUCAGAGUGCCCGUGACAGCCGCUCCAGGGCUCCUUAUAGACAGUUCUGGGUUCAGAGUGCCCGUGACAGCUCCUCCAGGGCUCCUUAUAGACAGUUCUGGGUUCAGAGUGCUCGUGACAGCUCCUCCAGAGCUCCUUAUAGACAGUUCUGGGUUCAGAGUGCCCGUGACAGCCGCUCCAGGGCUCCUUAUAGACAGUUCUGGGUUCAGAGUGCCCGUGACAGCCGCUCCAGGGCUCCCAAUAGACAGCAGGGGAGAUUAGUCCUCGUGCCAGCCGCUUUAGCGCGACGUACAGACGGCUGUUUCCGUCAGGACCCCUCUUCAGAGCUGCUAGGCCCCCUGCCCGUCUAUCUCCGCCGCGCCCGUCCUCCCCACUCCCGGUACUUCCGGCUCCCAGUCCUCCGUUUUCUGUCGCUGAGGCCGCACCUGGAGAAUGGCGCUCCG